AGCAAAAUUGUCAAAAGUUGCUAUUUCGAACUCGUCAAACAAAGCACAAAAGCCGGGGUCGCAAACAUUGCCAAGUGUUCAAUACUUUGUCCAAGAGCUUAAGAACCGGCCGCGUGUCAUUUUGUCGCCAAUCAGCCACGUCAACACACCCGAAUGACGUGUCACGCAUCGAAUCAUUCACGUCAUACUUUCCUCAUGCAAACAUCACUCCUCUCUUAUAAGAUCAAAACCAAAACACAAGAACCAAACUAAAGAACAAGAAAAAAGGCUGUCGUUACGAUGGCAUCGAGUGAUAAGGUUCCAGUGGCGUGUCCGGCAAGCAGCGGAGAUGGAAAGGAGCCAAUGGGAGAUCCGACAAAGACCACUACGGCGAUGCUCGAUAAAGGAACGGCUAUGAUGCAAUCGAUGAAACCGAUCAGGCAAAUGAGCCUUCACGUGUGUUCAUUUGCUUGCUAUAGCCACGAUCCUGGCCGUCAGAUCGAAGUUCAUAUCUACGGCCAACGUGUAAACCAGGACUUCCUCCAAUGUGCUGUCUACGAUUCCAAUUCCUCUAAGGCUCAUCUCAUAGGGAUAGAAUAUAUUGUGUCGGAGAAGUUAUUCGAGAGUCUCCCACCGGAGGAACAAAAGCUUUGGCACUCGCAUGAUUACGAGAUCCAAAUGGCUCUUCUAGUAACUCCAAGGGUCCCGGAGCUCGUUGCGAAGCCCGAGCUUAAAAAUCUUGCCAAAUCUUACGGAAAAUUUUGGUGUACAUGGCAGAUAGACCGAGGGGAUAGAUUGCCACUAGGUGUACCAUCACUAAUGGUGUCGCCACAAGACGUGAAUCUAGGGAGAAUAAAACCGGAGCUGGUGAAAAAGAGAGAUGAAGAACAUGGAAUCUCGACGGAAUCGUUGAAGCCGUCAAGAGAUGGGAUCAGUGGACCGGAGAAGAAGAAUCUGGUCGCUGAUUAUUGGGUUAGGUUUAGGAAAGGCUUUGCGCUUGAUGUCGUUGAGACAGAUAUGAAGAGAACAGCUCCCUUCCCGUGACUUUUAUGUGUGUGUUUUUUUUUUUCUCAUACAUUUAGAUAAGUUCGUAAGCUUACACACCACGGUGUUAUGUUAUAUGAUAAUGUCAUAAAUAUGAGAAUUUUUUUUUCUUUUCGUCAUGUCAUAAAUAUAAGAUUCGGAUUUUAUUGUUUGUUUUUU